GGCACGAGAGUGGGACGACAAGCAGGCUGGGGAGAGAGGUAGGAACUGUAGAGAGAGAGAGAGAGAGAGAGAGAGAGAGAACCGCGAGAUUCAGAAAAGGAGACGAGUGUGUGAAGAGAGGUAGAGAGAGAUUUUUGAGAUUUUUGAGUGUUAGGGCUUUUGUUGCCGCCCCUGCUUUCCUUUAUCAUGGCCACGGAUCGAAAGCUUGUGGUUCUCGGUAUUCCAUGGGACGUUGAUACGGAUGGUUUAAGAGAGUACAUGACCAAGUUUGGGGAUUUGGAGGAUUGCAUUGUCAUGAAGGAUCGGUCAACUGGACGAUCUCGUGGUUUUGGCUAUGUAACAUUUGCAUCGGCAGAAGAUGCCAAGACUGCGAUGGCUGCUGAGAACUUUCUUGGAAAUCGAAUGCUGGAAGUAAAAAUAGCUACACCAAAGGAGGAGAUGCGAGCACCCCCGAGGAAAGCAACCAGAAUAUUUGUGGCUAGGAUACCACCGGCUGUGAAUGAAGCAACAUUUCGUAGUCAUUUUGAGAAGUACGGCGACAUAACGGAUUUGUACAUGCCAAAGGAUCAAGGCUCAAAAGCACAUCGUGGAAUUGGAUUUAUCACUUUUGCAAGUGCAGAUUCUGUGGAAAGUUUAAUGGCUGAUACCCAUGAAAUGGGAGGCUCUGUUGUAGUUGUUGAUCGAGCAACACCUAAGGAAGAUGACUUUAGGCCAGUAGGUAGAAUGUCACAUGGUGGGUAUGGUGCGUACAAUGCUUACAUUUCUGCCACAACUAGAUAUGCAACGUUAGGUGCUCCUACCUUAUAUGACCAUCCAGGCUCAUUUUAUGGAAGAGGGGAGUCCACCCGUGGAAUGGGUAAAAAGAUUUUUGUUGGCAGGCUGCCUCAAGAGGCCACGGUUGAAGAUCUGCGACAGUAUUUUGGUAGAUUUGGCCAGAUAUUAGAUGUUUAUGUCCCCAAGGACCCUAAGAGAACUGGCCACAGAGGUUUUGGUUUUGUGACCUUUGCCGAAGAUGGUGUAGCAGAUCGUGUAUCUCGAAGGUCGCAUGAAAUUUGUGGACAGCAGGUUGCAAUAGAUUCAGCCACACCUCUGGAUGAUGCUGGCCCCGGCCCCAGUGAAAACUUCUUAAUUAAUGGUGCUCAAGUCUUUGGGGGUUACGGUGGUCCUAUGCGGACUUAUGGCAGGAUGUAUGGAAGCCUUGAUUUUGAUGAUUGGGGUUAUGGGAUUGGCGGUGGAAGACCAUCAAGAGGAGAUUGGAGAUAUAGGCCAUACUAAGUUCUAGCCUAAUUGUCUCCAAUCAUGCUUUGGUUUUAACAUAAGAGGCUUUUGUCAAAUGAGCAAAUCUGUGUUGUUAGGGUGAUUAUUUGGUUGAUUUUUUAUUUCUAAAGAAUAAAGUUAUGAAUUAUUUUUAUGUAUCAACAUCUGAACUUUCGUAUUUUUAUCAAAUUUUAAACUGCUUAUUGUGUUAAAUUUGGAUGGAAAUGUAGUUUGGACAGGAAUUAAUUUA